AUGUGUCGUUUUCUGAUCUUCAAAGGCAAAGAACCAGUGCGUUUGUCGCAUCUUUUGACAAGACCAGCUCACUCCAUCAUCAAACAGUCCUUUGACAGUCGUCUGCGGCUGGACACAAGAAGACCCAUCAACGGGGACGGCUUCGGACUGGCGUACUAUUCGGCAGACGAAGAGCUGGAAGAAGACGGACCAUGUUUGUUCAAGGCAAUCACACCGGCGUGGAACAACCAGAACCUGGACGUUUUGGCGGAAAAAACCAAAUCUGCGCUGGUAUUCGCACACGUUCGUGCAUCUACUUAUGGUGUGCUAUCCGAGACUAACUGCCACCCGUUCACCUACCACCGCAUCACGUUCAUGCACAACGGUGGCAUAUCUAACUUCCGCAAGAUCAAGAGACGGUUUUUGGCGCACCUGGACGACGAAUACUUCAAUUUGAUCCAGGGCAGCACUGAUUCCGAGUGUGCAUUUGCGUUGUUCCUUGACACGCUUCACAAAAUGGGCUGCGACACGGCCGACAAACGCGGUGAUUUUGGCCAUGCCGUGCUGCGCCGGUGCAUGCUGCAAACCAUCGAGUACAUCAAAGACUGGACCCGCGAGGCAAAUGCGUCGGACCCACACGCAGAGCCCUCGAUUCUAAACUUCGCCGUCACAGACGGUGCCAGCGUCGUGGUGUCGCGCUACGUGACGUCCAAGACCGACGAGGCCGCUUCUUUGCACUUCAGCUGCGGGUCACGUUUUGUCGAGACUGCGCCGGGCGAAUACAGAAUGGAGCGUCUGGACCGCAACCAAGACGUCAUCAUGGUCGCCUCGGAGCCCUUGACCUUCGAACGUGGCGACUGGACCACGGUUCCUACCAAUAGCGUGCUCACCAUCAAGAACCAGACUGUUCUGCUGCACCCCAUCGUCGAUGAGUACUUUCAAGACGACCCACUCUACGCUCGUAGCUCGUCGCUGGCAGAAAGAAAGGGUCUUAUGGGCUCAGUGCCAGUGUCGAAGCCACUGGAGCGCAACGUGCCACCGCUGGAGAGAGAGGGUCGUUCCAGACCUCACACUUCUACUGUCGUCGCUGCGUGA